GGAAUGAUUAAUUUGGGGCCUAAUCUGAAGUCCUUGCCAUUGCAGGCAUUUUCAGGUGUGUGGCAGAUGCUGCUACUGCAGUGUCACAGACACUUUGUAACGCCUGCCCUUCCCUUCAUUUGGCACCUGCUAGACAGAAGGAACUCCUGUUUGGGGACAAAAUUGUUUGGUGUGUGGCAAACCACCACUAUUCCAAGCAUUACAUUACUUGAGUGAAGAACCCCCUUUUCCAUUUAUGAAGGUUUAGCUUCCAGACUGAUUGAUCAGAUAAAAGAAUUAAUUUUACUUUACUGAUGUGUGCCCUGAAACUUUCCACCUGUCUUCCCCCUUGUUGAAGUACUCUGAUUUCCUGUUAAUGUAACCCCCUGCUAUGGUUUUCCUUGUUGUAGUUCGUAUUUUCUUGCAGAGUUGGGGCCUGAACACAUCCCCUGUCUGUAGUCUGUGAAUCUCCCAUCUGAUACUUCCAGAGUGUAGACAAGGAUCAAGUAGAACACCCUGAUUCAGCAGAACUGGCUGAUUGUGCUGCAGUCAUCAUGAGAAGGCACAGGGUCAUUUGUUUCUUAACAUAUGUGUAAGAAAAAGGUUUAGACAAGGAUCUGGUGGUUGUUCCCUGACAAAUGGAGAACUAUUUCCAAGCAGAGGCAUAUAACCUCGAUAAGGUUUUAGAUGAAUUUGAGCAAAACGAAGAUGCCGCUGUUUCACCUACUCUGCUGGGUGCAAAGUGGAAUCAGAUUCUAGAUCCGCCUUCUCGUCGCCUGUCAUUCAACUCGGCUGUGGCCAACGUGAAUGAAGCUACAACUCCUAAUGAAUGUCAGCAGAGAUUAAAGUCUUUCUCCUUGUCCCACUCAGUGACUACACCAACAGGAGGAGGGGAUCGCUGUGCUAAUGGAAAGGAUUUUAGCAUAAGCCCAGAGACCCCAGUCAUGUGGAUUGAUGAUCAGGCAGCAGCAGAUGAUCAGUUGAUUAAAAGAAAUAGUAAUCAGGAUGAUCAGUGUAACUCUAUGGAAGCAGGAGAAAAGAAAUGUGGAAAUACAGCUUGCUUGCCAGAGGAGAAAAAUGUGCUAGUGGUGGCAGUCAUGCACAACUGUGACAGAAGAACACUACAAAGUGGUGAUGUGGUGGAUUGUACAAAUUACAACAGUCAGUCUCUAAUGGACUCUAUUAGCUUUACACUGGAUAAUGAAAACCGACAGAGUGACCAGUUCAGCGUUACUGUAAACGGAUCCACAGAAAAGGAUAUUGAUACAGAAAAGCAGGUAAACAGGCUGUGCACUGAAGAUGACUCUGUAAGUAAUUUCAUUAAUGCUUCAUCUGAAAGCCUGACCGCUGCAUGCCCCUCCUCUCGAUUAAAGGAGGAUUUUAAUAUGAAUAAAGAUUUGCUGUUUUCAGAAGCUACAACUGCAGGGAUCAAUGCAGUGACUCUCUUACAGAGACCAGUUGAUGGUACUGCUAAAAUGCAAGAAAGUUGUGCAUCAGUUGAAAAUUUAACUAGUAAAGCCAUUCCUCAGAGAACAGAUCUAGAAGCUGAAAACUCUUCUUGUUCCAGUAGUGGAAGCUUAAUUGUAGAACAGGAAACAACCCAGCAGUUGCAGUCUAGGCUAUCUGGGCUCACCGAGACCUGUCAACCUGACGUGGCUGGAAGUGGCAAUUACAAGGAAUGUGUUGCAGAGGAUGUUAGUGCCACUGAAGGAGAAGUCAUUGAAUGUGAUAAAAAUGUCGGCACAACGGAAUUGCACAGCAUGGCAGAAUGUUACCCUGAAUCUCAGGAGAUGACUAAUUGGGAGCUGACAAAGUUGAAUGAGAUGAAUAAUAAGCAAACUCUAGGAGAGAAUGAAAGACUUUUGCAGACCAAACAGCCUGAUGAUGCAUGUGGGAAUAGCAAAGAAGAUGAAGAUGGGGUAUUGGACGCAGGCGUAGACUUAAAAGGGUCUGGUACAGAUGAGCUUGGAGGGUCCAGUGUCUCUGAUGUGAUGGCUACAUCAGCAGCAAGCUCUCUGUCUAAUGGUUGUGAUUCCUAUGGAAUGCAGAACCCAGUUGUUGCUCAUGUUCCAAAGACUUUACCCUCCAAGGAAGACUCGGUAACAGAGGAAAAGGAGAUUGAGGAGAGCAAGUCAGAAUGUUACACUAAUGUUUAUGAACAGAGAGGAAAUGAGGCCACAGAAGGCAGUGGUCUUAUUUUAAACAGCACUGGUGACCACAUAAAGAAAAAUUAUUUGCAUAAUCUUUGUAGUCAGGUUUCAUCCAUGCAAGGGCAGAUUUCACCAAAACCAGUGACUAACCUGCAAUAUAUCAGUGUUCCUUUUGGUGGUGCAAGACCUAAGCAACCCACAAAUCUGAAACUGCAGAUUCCGAAGCCAUUAUCGGACCACUUACAAAACGAUGUUAUUCCCCCAAAUUGUGGAGGUAAUAGUAAAAACAAAAAUGUCUUUGGUAAGACACAGUUAGGGGAUACAGCAGACACGUUUCCUGGUGAAACAUCUUCAAAUGCCUCUGGUAUUGGUUCUAGUGGGGAACAUUUGGACGAGUAUGAAUCUGGAGUCUCUAAUAGUUCGUGCCUUGCAGUAGCCCCAGAUAGUCCAGAUAAUGAUCUCAGAGCUGGUCAGUUUGGAGCUCCAGCCAGAAAGCCUUUUACGACUUUGGGUGAGGUGGCUCCAGUGUGGGUUCCAGACUCUCAAGCACCAAACUGUAUGAAAUGUGAGGCCAGAUUUACAUUCACCAAAAGAAGGCACCAUUGCAGAGCCUGUGGGAAGGUGUUUUGUGCUGCGUGCUGUAGCCUGAAGUGCAAGCUGCUGUACAUGGACCGAAAGGAGGCCAGAGUGUGUGUGAUCUGCCACUCAGUGCUGAUGAAUGCUCAAGCCUGGGAGAACAUGAUGAGUGCCUCAAGCCAGAGCCCUAACCCUAACAAUCCUGCUGAAUACUGUUCUACUAUCCCUCCUUUGCAGCAGGCUCAGGCCUCGGGCGCCCUGAGCUCCCCGCCUCCCACUGUCAUGGUACCUGUGGGAGUUCUGAAGCAUCCUGGAGCAGAAGUGGCUCAGCCUAGAGAACAAAGGCGUGUUUGGUUUGCUGAUGGGAUUUUACCCAAUGGAGAAGUUGCCGAUGCAGCAAAGCUGACAGUGGCUGGGACAACUUCCACGGGAACCUUAGCAGUGUCUCAUGAUCCAUCAAAGCCCAUGGCCAACAACACUUCAUCAGCAGAAACUGAUAAUGCCUCUGUAUUCUCGGGAAAUAUAACUCAGGUUGGCAGUCCUGUUGGCAGUGCAAUGAAUCUGAUUCCUGAAGAUGGUCUUCCUCCAAUUCUCAUCUCCACUGGAGUAAAAGGAGACUAUGCUGUGGAAGAGAGACCUUCUCAGAUCUCUGUCAUGCAGCAGCUGGAGGAUGGUGGCCCUGACCCUCUAGUAUUUGUUUUAAAUGCUAAUUUGCUGUCCAUGGUAAAAAUAGUAAAUUAUGUGAACAGGAAGUGCUGGUGUUUCACCACGAAGGGCAUGCACGCGGUGGGGCAGUCGGAGAUCGUCAUUCUGCUGCAGUGUUUGCCUGAUGAGAAAUGUUUGCCUAAGGAUAUCUUUAACCAUUUUGUGCAACUUUACCGGGAUGCCUUAGCAGGUAACAUUGUUGGCAACCUGGGACACUCCUUUUUCAGCCAGAGCUUCCUUGGAAGCAAAGAACACGGAGGGUUCUUGUAUGUUGCAGCGACCUAUCAGUCCCUGCAGGACCUGGUGCUCCCAACCCCACCCUACUUGUUUGGCAUCCUCAUCCAGAAGUGGGAGACUCCCUGGGCCAAAGUGUUCCCCAUCCGGCUGAUGCUGAGACUCGGAGCUGAAUACAGGCUUUAUCCAUGCCCACUUUUUAGUGUCAGAUUCCGUAAGCCUUUGUUUGGAGAAACUGGACACACGAUCAUGAACCUCCUUGCAGACUUCAGAAACUACCAGUACACACUGCCUGUGGUCCAAGGUUUAGUGGUUGAUAUGGAGGUCAGAAAAACCAGCAUCAAAAUACCUAGCAACAGAUAUAAUGAGAUGAUGAAAGCCAUGAACAAAUCCAACGAGCACGUGCUGGCAGGGGGGGCGUGUUUCAACGAGAAGGCAGACUCACAUCUGGUGUGUGUGCAGAACGACGACGGCAACUACCAGACACAGGCCAUCAGCAUCCACAACCAGCCCAGGAAAGUGACUGGUGCCAGCUUCUUUGUGUUCAGCGGAGCUUUAAAAUCCUCUUCAGGCUACCUUGCCAAAUCCAGUAUAGUGGAAGAUGGAGUGAUGGUCCAGAUAACUGCUGAGAACAUGGACUCUUUGAGACAGGCCUUGAGAGAGAUGAAAGACUUCACCAUCACCUGUGGCAAAGUAGAUGCUGAAGACCCUCAGGAACACGUUCACAUUCAGUGGGUAGAAGAUGAUAAAAAUUUUAAUAAGGGCGUUGUGAGCCCUAUUGAUGGCAAAUCCAUGGAAUCCAUAACCAGUGUGAAGAUAUUCCACGGCUCCGAGUACAAGGCCAACGGGAAGGUCAUCCGCUGGACGGAGGUGUUUUUCCUAGAAAAUGAUGAGCAACACAAUGGUCUGAGUGACCCAGCUGAUCACAGCAGACUGACUGAGAAUGUGGCAAAAGCUUUCUGUCUGGCUCUGUGUCCUCAUCUGAAGCUGCUGAAAGAAGAUGGAAUGACUAAGCUGGGUCUGCGUGUUACACUGGACUCAGAUCAAGUUGGUUAUCAAGCUGGGAGCAAUGGACAGCCACUGCCCUCUCAAUACAUGAAUGACCUGGACAGUGCCUUAGUGCCAGUGAUUCAUGGAGGGGCCUGUCAGUUGAGUGAGGGGCCAGUCAUAAUGGAGCUCAUCUUUUAUAUUCUGGAAAACAUCUCAUAAGAGGACUUCAUUUUCUGUUCAGACCUGUUCCAGCAGCAGUUGUAUCUGAAUCAUUUGCACUUUAAAACUGGAAAAUUAAGCUUUUGUUAACACUAUUGGGGAAGGGGGGGAGGGGGGUGGGACAGUUGUUCCAUAAUUCUAAAUCUUCUAUGCAUUGUCAACAACCAGAGGAUCAGGGCAGCUUCUAUACUACAACAUGGCUAUGCUAUCCUUGCAGCUAAUCCACUUCUGUUAUUGUUUAGAAAAAUGCUCAUGUUUAAAGACUUACAGUCAUGUACUCUAAAUGCUCAAAGGGUGCAAAGAUCACUGGGGCGUAAAUAAAAAGUGAAAUUCC